AGACAACUUUCUCAACAUGAGCCUUCUCAUCCAAACCCAUGGAUGUUUAUGGAUAUUUUCAACUGGCUGACGAUGAGGACCAUGAUGUCCACUACAGCAAUGCCAUCUUGCCGGUCAUAUUCGGCAUUAUCUGUUUCCUGGGCAUUAUUGGUAACUGCAUGGUCAUCUACACCAUCACGAAAAAGACCAAGUAUCACGCCAAACAGACCGUCCCCGACAUCUUCAUCUUCAACCUCUCCGUCGUGGACCUCCUCUUCCUCCUCGGGAUGCCGUUUCUCAUCCACCAGUUGCUAGGCAACGGCUCGUGGUGCUUCGGCACCACCAUGUGCACGGUCAUCACCACGCUGGAUUCCAACAGUCAGAUCGUCAGCACCUACAUACUCACGGUCAUGACUCUGGACCGCUACCUGGCCACGGUCCACCCCAUCCGCUUCAACUACGUCCGGACGCCGUGCGUGGCCACCGCUGUCGUCGGCCUCGUGUGGGCUCUGUCGCUGCUGACCGUCGUUCCGGUGUGGUUGUACGCGGGGCUCAUGCCCCUGCCCGGCGACCUGGUAGGCUGUGCCCUGUUACUCCCCGAUCCAGCGGUUGACAUCUACUGGUUCACCCUUUACCAGUUCGUCCUGGCCUUUGCUCUGCCUCUCCUCAUCAUCUGCGUGGUCUUCUUCAAGAUCCUCCAGCACGUGUCCGCCAGUGUGGCCCCGCUCCCGCCACGGAGCCUUAGGGUGCGCACCAAGAAAGUAACCCGCAUGGCGGUGGCCAUCUGCCUGGCUUUCUUCAUCUGCUGGGCCCCUUACUACAUCCUCCAGCUGGUUCACCUCGGAGUCCAGAACCCCAGCCCGGCCUUCUCCUACGGCUACACCGUGGCCAUUAGCAUGGGCUACGCUAACAGCUGCAUCAACCCGCUCCUCUACAUCUCGUUGAGUGAGACCUUCAAGAGGCAGCUCAUUGCAGCCAUGCGGCCCAUCCACAGGAAGUUCCGCGUCCACCACACCAGCUCCACAGAGGGAAGUGUUAGUCUGAGAUUGGCCCCGGAGGGACUCCAGCAGGACCAGAGCUCCAGGGAGCCGCUGCCUUCCAAUAUGGCGGCCCACUGAGGAACAGACAAUAUUUUGGAUCAGUGUACGGACUUGUGUACAGAAAAGGUUUAUUGUUACAAUGUAUGGAUGGACUAUAUCCAAAUGUUGUCUCAUUCUAGGCGGCAAUAUGGAUAUUUUGCAUCUAGCCUGUGCUUCAAAGGAUAAUGAGUCAGGACGAGAGUUAAUGAAAUACUAGUGCUUAAAGGCAUUACGCAUAAUUUUUGCAUUGAAAUAUAAGAACAUUUCCAUAAUAUAUCAGAUAGUAAUAGUGGAAUGAGUGUUUCACAAGAUUUACUCCCCCGAAAUUACAUUGGUGCAUACAAAGGCACAUCUUAAAAUGCAGAAUUUCUAUUGGCCAACAGAAGGCCCGCUGGCUUCCCCCUCCCUCUCUUCCGUCAGUGUCACUAAGACACAGGAUCAUCUCUCCUCAAACUAGCAAUGGCAGAGGGUGGGAAGCAAAGUCCCUUUGUCGUUUUCUUGUUUCACUCUGUUUCUUGUGAGAAAACAUGCACUACAUCGCUUAAUUUGUUUUUUUUGCAAAUUCGAUAUU